AUGGAGCUGGGGCCGCGGGGCAAGGCGACUAAGCAGCAGUUCGAUCGCCACGGUGUGGUCUUGCUUCGGCCUGGCGCUGACGCUGGCGCUGAUGGCGCCGCCCGUUGGUACGUUCAUACGGGCGCAACACUGAUGCCGGUACGAGAUCUCCUCACAGCCGGACUGGGAGGAGCAGCACUGGGCCGCGCUCAAGUCCAUGGCCGCGGGCCAGCCCAUGCCGCUGCCCACACCGCACGCCACCUCGGGCCCGAGGACCUCCAGCGCAUCGCCGCCUCGGGGCCACGGCUGGAGGACCUGACACUAGAGCACGCGGAGCGGCUGGCGGGGCCGGGGCAGGUGGCGGGCGCGCCGGACGGCGGGGCGCUGGCGUUCCGCGCUCCGUGCUGGGCGACUUAUGGGCCGAAACAAAUAAAUCAAUGAUUACGCCCUGCUGUGUGUGCGUGUGUUUGCCUCACAUGGCUGCCCGAUACGGCUCAGUCGUACUUGGUGCACACGGGCACCACCACGGGCAGAUGAUGACAUGCGAAUGUGGACAUCGCACGGCACCAGUUGUGGUUUGUACAGGCGCCACCAGGGCUAUCGCAGGCCGUGUGGGACAUCGUGUGCUUGGCUGCUGUGGCGGCCCUAGGAUACGGCCGACAGCGCCUAGUGAUGCUGCGGACCGGACUGCGGACGUUGCUGUUUUGCAAUGGAUCGGCGUGGAGGUGAUUGCGGACUUCUGGUCGCGGCUAGCUGCGUGUGUGAGUCUGUCUCCGCGCCGCUGGGGCCUUGUCCCGAACCAGCACCCAUUCCUAGCGUCGGAUGAUGUUGGAGGGGUUAUCUUGGUGGGGCCAGCAGCAGACUCGGUAUGGUUUCACCCUAGCUUGUCAAGGCCCUGGCUUUGUCCAUGGCUGUCGUCCCACAUGUAACCGCUAUGGCGCUAUCAGCUAACAACACUACCUGCAUGUGCAUGCUCGCUCAGCCGGUCAACACCGUACGUUGCUUCCCUGUGACUUGAUUCCCUUAGGGGCACGCUUCAUGGAUCGCUUGGCGGUCCGCUAGUGUUUGUUUGUGAGUGAGCGUGGCAACCUCCGCCUUGUCGACGUGGACCCGGAGGAAGCUCUGCGCACAUGGAACCCGCAUGGGUGCUGCACGCAAAUUCGGCUGCAGCUUCAUACAUUGCAAUUUCGAUUGAAGGUAUGGACUUUGUUGGGCAGUCUGAAGCUGUCGGGGCGCCGGCGCCAACACGGCAGGGCACGGCCAUCUUCCUGCCCUACCAUUUCCCCGUGCCUGUUUACCCACGCCACUGAAGUGGAACAAUCAGAAAACAGGAUACAGCACGACCCGUCAACUUGUAAGAGUGUCAGUGC